AUGAAAAUAUUUUAUCUACUAUUAUUUUUUAAUUAUAUUAAUAUUAUAAUAUGUAUUAUUCCAUCAAGUAUUCCUGAUUGUUCAUUAGAAUCACCUAAUAUUGAAUAUAUUUAUACAAUCAAAACAAAUGACAAUUUUUUUUUAAAUCAAACAUGGAAAAUUCAAAUUGGUGAAAGACAUUUUUAUAAAAUUAAUCAAUGUUUUUCAAAUUUAUCUUCAUUUGAGGUAUGGUUAAAAAGUAAUGUUAUUGGAACAAAUUUAUGUGGAUACAUGGGUAUAAAAGUUCAUGAUGGAAGUUAUUUUAAUUUUUUUGCAAUCAUACCAAAUGAAACAGUGAUAUAUAAAAAUUUAAAAAUUGAUAAAAAGUAUGAUAAACCAAUUAUGUCAUUUGCCAUUGGAACAAAUUUUAAAAAUUAUAUCAAAAGAGAGGGAAAUUUAAAUAAAGGUGAAUGGUUAUCACUUUUAAAUACUCUAAAUACAUACUAUAAAAAUGAAAAUAAUAAUAGAAAUAGAACAAUUUUUUGUUACAAAAAAAUUAAAGAACAUUUUUUUCUUAAAAAUAUUAUAAAAGAAUAUACACCAUCAUGGUUUUCAAGUAAUAUUUUUAAUAUAUUUGGUUAUGAAUAUUAUAUUUAUGGAAAACCUGAAGAGAUGUUAGAAUUUGUUGAAAAAAAAAUUAAUAAUAUUGGAAAUGAAAUAUUUAAAAAAUAUAAUUAUACAUUAAAUAAAAAUAUAGGAGAAUAUAUAACAGAAGGCAAUAAUAAUAAUAGUAGUAUAAAAACUUUUCAGGUAAAUGAAAAAAUUAUUGUUAAUGUUAUUAAUAAUGGUUUUAAAAUAAAACAUUGUGUUUUGGUUGAUAUUAAAAAAGUUCUUAAUAAAAUUGAUAAAUGUGGAGAAAAAUUGAUGGUUUAUACAAAUUAUGGGAUACGUUUUUAUGAUGUUAAUCUCCAAACAUUAAUACUACCUGAAGAUAUAGAAAAUUGUGAUAAUAAAUUACAAUUAAAAAAUGUUUUGAUAAAAGAAAAUAUUAUAUCAAAAGAAUCAAUAUUAAAUUUAGUAAGAUUUCAAAUGUCAAAUAUGGAUAAAUUAACAAUAAUUAUUAUUAGUACAUUAAUUAUACUUUUUCAAGGAUUAAUAAUUAUAACAGUACUUAGAAAAAUUUAUACAUGUAUUCAGAAAAAAAAAUUUUUAUAUGAUGUUAGUAUAGAAGAAGAAAUUAUUAUAGAAGAUCAUCAUAAUGAAAAUAUAGUUAGAGCAAUUUUAGUGUAA